AUGGCAAGCGAACAAGAAGAAAAUGUGACUUUCGUACAACAUACAGAAAGUCACCCAUGUCUUUAUGAUAUAACAUCAUCUAAUUACACUCGACAAGACAUAAAAGAAAAAGCAUGGAAUGACAUUUCAAAAAAAACGAACAAUUCUAGUAAGUAAAAUGUAUUUAUUAAAUAAGUAAAAUUAAAAGUAAUAAUAAUUAUAUGAAAAAUAAGACGUAUAUAUUAAAUUAAGUUAAAUUAAAUUAUAGUAUUCCAUUAAUAUGUAAUAGAACCGGCUGGUGUCAUAAAAUAUUCACAUAUUUUUCUCUGUUUUCUUGUGACUUUGAUAACGAUAUUACUUGUUUCUCGUGAUUUUAUUGAACUCGAACUUGUCGAUUUUCUUGUUGUGUCAAAUUUUUUAGGAUGAAAAAAUAUUCCUUGUUUGAUACGAAUAUAAUUAUGUAGGACACAAUAUGGCAAAUUAAUGAAAAACCCGACUUUUAUGUAAUCUCAUUUUAACAAUGACACAAAAUAUGUGGAUUUAUAAAUAGUUUAAAAGUUUUAAAGGUUUAGAAUAAUACAUAUGGGUACGGUCCAAAUAAUAUUGAUUAUAAAAAUAAAAAUGUAACUAAGAAAUAUAAUAAUAAUUUAAUAAUUUGAAUUUAAUUAAUACAGAUAUUCCCAGGGAGCCACGGAGCCCCUAG